UGUGAUGGCAACUGGCCUAGGUAGAAGGUAUAUUUGAUUGGCUGAUUUGGUCACUAACGGAUGUCCUGAUGAAUCUGACCCUGAGUGGCAGGUACCAGGGUCUCCAAUCCAUGCUUGCAAAUGUAUUGAUUUUCUCUAAGAAAGAAAUUGCCCAACUAAGGCAUUGUGGAACAUGAAUAUGGCACUGAGUCGAAGCAGCAAACUCAAGCAAAGAAGUCCUGGGAACUUUGAAGAUGAGAAUGCUUGGCUACAGGAAUGGAUCCAUGAAGAACUUGCCCAUGGUGAAAUCUGGCAGAAGGAAUAUGAGGCACUGUUAAGACAUCAGACCCAGCUCUGUACCUUGCUACAGACCAAGAGUCUUAAGCCCCUGGAGAAGAAAACUCGAGCAUUGCAAGAGGAGCUGGAAGAAAUCCAGGGAGUUCUGCAGGAAUAUCAGAACCGAAGCCGUCAACGCCAGCUGCAUAUCCACAAGCAAGAAAAGGAAAAUCAGAAAAUGGCUGAGAUAGUUAAAGAACUGGAAAAAAAGGUCUUCAAGCAACAGCUGGAUGAGCAGUCCAACAAAGAUGUUCUGAAGGAACUCAGAUCAGAAGGCAAUGAACUGAAGAGGCACUUGUUUGAAUGGGAAGCUCAGUGGCAGACAAUGUAUGACAGGAUCAGGCAGAAACAGCAGCAUAUUGAGAAACUGAGCACAGUAAUCCAAGGGCUGUCUCUGAAGAGCCAGGAGCUGCACCGACACAUCACCUUCUUGGAAGACAAUGUGGUGGAAGUUCAACAGGAAAUAGCACUUUUGCAGAAAGAUGCACUGUUUGGAGAAAUGAUGACCUCGGCAGGGGGCUUUCUUUGGGAGGAACAAGUGUGUGACCAGAUGAAGAGACUUCCAAGUCUGGAACUAUACAGAAGUACUUCCAAAGGCAAAUGCUCAUCCAUCUCUUUCCCACGUCCAACUCUCCAGGCUGCUUGGAGGCUGCUGUGGGCCUCAGCCAAAGUCCUGCUUCUGAUCCUGCUGUUAGCUCUGCCUCUCCAUUUCUUUCAUGGUGGGUACUCCAGGCAGCCAUGCCUGCAGCUGCACUCAACACCCCUGCUCUACAUCCAGUCCAAGCGGUUGUUUCCCCCUUUAGCUUCUUGAAGGCACUUAUGCACCCAUCAUUAAUGACCUUUAAUAAAACUGAGUAACAAUCACUACAAA